GGCGAGCCAAGUUACCUGUCCCUCUGGGCUAUGGAGCGCUUUGUCUACCCGUCCUAUAGCAUCUACCAAAGUUAUGGGAACGCCUUCAGCCACAGCCACAACGUGGCCCCCAGGCCGCCAUCUAAGCAAAAGCAGCCUGGCUGGAAGCAGAGCAAGAGCAGCAGGAGCAGCAUCCCGAGCCCUUACCGGGGCCCCCUGUCUGCCCCUUCCUCGGCCCCGCUGCCGCCUCUGCCGCCGCCGCCGGCCUCGCCGGAUUAUUUAGACAGCUACAAGCGGGCCCAGCUGAAGGCGCUGCUCUCUCAAGUCAGCCCCGGCCUCGCCCCAAGGCUCCGCAAAGCCAGCACCAAGGAGGUGGGCACCCAGGUCAACCCACGGGUGGACGCCGCCGUGCAGUGCUCGCUCGGGUCCCGCCAGCUUCAGAAUCUCCCCGGGCGGGAGCCUCCGCCGCAGCAGGGCCGCCAACUCUCCCCUUGCACCGAAGAGGAGGCGGCGGCGGCGGCGGCGGCAGAGAAGCCGCCGCCCACGGGGCAAGAAAGAGGGCCGCCAUCCCAGCAGCAAGCCGAAGAGCCCGAGGGGAAGGAACCCCUGGAGCCGGAGAAGGGCGCUCAGGCUGAGGCGAAGGGGAAGCUUCCAGGCAGCGGUGAAGGAGAAGAAUCCGCCCAGCAGCUGCGGGACGGGGAGGGCGACACGGCCCAGAAAGGCGCCGCUGACGCCGCCGCGGCCUCAACCGCCACUGAGGGCAAGAGAGCUGCUUUCCAGUUCCUAGAACAGAAGUAUGGCUAUUUCCAUUGCAACGACUGCAAGACCAGAUGGGAAAGUGCUUACGUAUGGUGCAUUUCUGGAACCAAUAAGGUUUACUUUAAACAGCUUUGUCGCAAAUGUCAGAAGAGCUUUAAUCCUUAUAAAGUGGAAGCAAUUCAGUGCCGUAUCUGUGCAAAGACUCGUUGCUCCUGCCCCCAGAAGAAAAGGCACAUUGACCUCAAGAGGCCUCACCGUCAAGAGCUGUGUGGCCGCUGCAAAGGCAAAAGACUCUCUUGUGACAAUACUUACAGCUUCAAAUACAUUAUCUAAUUUGUGCUGUUCUUGCACAUGGCACCAUGCACUUUGUUACUUGUUUCAUAACAUGGAUUUGACCUUAGGUUUCUGACCCGGCAUUGGAUACUGGAGUAAAGAUUUUUGUAAGGCUAGGAAAUAUUUGUAGUUUAUUGGGGUAACUUGUAAUGAAUUUGAAUUCCACUUCAAUUGUAAUAGUCGCUGAUAUGGAAGACUAGCUAUAGUACAUGAGAGCUAUAUUGAAGGAUGGGAAAUUGAGGAAUUUCUAUGUAGCAAAACUAAAAUUUCUACAAGGGGCCAGGUUAUCCCAUUUGAUGCUGUUUCAUUUACACUUAUGAAUACUGUACUGUAAUGACAAAUUACUAAUAACAAGGUGAGCUGUCUCUUUGCAUACCUUUCUAAAACUAAUAAAAAUAUUCUUAACCACUAAAGACUAUAAACUAUUCCAUAUAUUGUCCUUUGGUACAAUCUCUGCAGUGGAAAAUAUUUAUUAAAUGGAAUAAACAGAGUAAUUCUGA